UUUUUCCCCAUUGUGAUGCAGGGACUGGGUGCCCCGCCCAGCUGUGCUUGUUUUCUCUCCCUCUCUUGUCACCUCUCCCGAUUCCCAGUGCAGGAUCAUGAAAAGCAGCCACAGGCCAGAGAGUUGCACCCCAAACAUAACCGCAGUAAUUACACCAGUUCUUCAGUGAUUGGGAGCAGGCUCUUCCAGGAGGGGCUCCAGCUGCAGCACUUAGAGCCUGAAAAUCAUUCACUCUCCCCCAAUGUGUGUGCUGUUACCCACCAUGUCUUUACUGCAAUGCACAGACUGAGCAGCACAGGCACUGAGCUGGAGGCCUGUGCAUCUUGUGCAGUUGACACAGGCAGGAAGCAGGCAGCCUGUGGAGGACCAAAUAACCAGAGUCACUCUUACAUGAUGAGGCAAGAACAGCUGAGCCAACUGACACCCUCCCUUUCUGAUCAGCACUAUGGCCAAUUACACACUGGCCUGUGGAGUUACUGGCCAGUCAGGAGCAGCACCAUCAGAAUUCAACACCAGAUUGAAACUUCCACUUAUCAGCAUUAUUACCUCAGGGAUAACAGUGGUGCUGAUGAAGGUGACACAGUCCCCGCCCUAACAGUCCUGCCCCCCUCCAGUGUGGAGGUGAAGCAGGGGAAGGCCACACUGGUGUGUCUGGCCAACAAGGGCUUCCCGUCAGACUGGACUCUGCACUGGAAAGUGGACGGUACCAGUAGGAGCUCGGGCGUGGCCGGGAGCGCCGGGGUCCUGGGGAAGGACGGCCUGUACAGCUGGAGCAGCUCCCUGACUCUCAGUGCGGACGACUGGAUGAAGGCGGGGUCACUGACCUGUGAGGCCACAAAGGGCUCCCAGGUUGCCCCCCCUCAGACACUGAGGAGAGCUGACUGUGCUGAGUAGGGCGGGUGCAGGCCCAGCUCACACACUCUGAUCACACUGUGUUUACCCUGCUCUGCUCUCAGCCUCUCUGCUCCUUACUGCUGCACACUGAGCUGGGUCUGUGUGUGAAUCCUUCCUCCAGCCUGAGCUGUCACUGCUAAUGUCUCACAUGUGCUCUGCUUGUGCUCCUCAACAAAUAUGCAUACCUGCCUUCUUAUUUGUGUUUGUGUGAUUUUGGCAAUAGCUGUUAGAUAAAAAUCAUCGAAAUAAUAAAGAUUCUUUGAAUAGUUA